GUCAAAUAAUUUUAAUUAAAAUAAAUUUAAAUUCGGAAAAAACUCGCAGUUUGGCGGCUUUCCGUCUUGCUCCUCCUCCAUCCGCUCUCCCUGGCCUACUCCAUAGCCAUGCUGCUCUGCGAGUGCAACAUGCGAGUUCAUUCCGGGUGGCUAACUCAUCUUCACUCUCUCAUUCUCUUUAUCGGGCGGAUCUUUCCUCUCUCCUUAAAUCUCCAUCCUCGUUCUCCUCUCCACAUCGACAGGUACUGCCAGCCCUAGCUUUGUGCUGGCUUUCACUACUUAGUCUCUUCAAAGUCAAAAGCACCGUUGGUCGAUUUUUGUCGAGGGAAAGAGGCCAACCAGGAGUAGCAGGGAACCCUAGAAAUGCAGGAGUGUAGAAUUGCAAUUUCGGUGUUGGGGUAGCAGCCAAGACUGGAAGGGGAAAGAAGCAAAGACGAGCUGUGCAUAUGAAUUAGGCCUCUUGUUGGGUUUUUGGAGAAGCCAUGUCAAGGGGUAUAUGGUCCAGUAGAUCACUUUCCUAUUGGUUGCGAUUCACUCGACGCUUAUCUUCUUAUUCUGGAUUUGAAUCCCUCCAUCCGCCUCCUCCCCUUCCUCAUCGAAGAGUGGUCAUCACAGGUCUAGGAAUUGUGAGUCCACUAGGUUGUGGGAUGGCAACAACAUGGAGGCAUUUGAUAGAGGGGAAAUGUGGAAUUAGGGCUAUAUCUCCUGAAGAUCUCAAGAUGAACAGGUUUGAUAGGGAGACACAGCUAUAUACGUUUGAUCAACUGACAUCAAAAGUUGCAGCAAUAGUGCCAUGUGGAACCAAGCCUGGUGAUUUCAAUGAGGAUUUGUGGCUUAACUCCAAGGAGCAUAGGUCAAUCUCAAGGUUCAUAGGCUAUGCUCUAUGUGCAGCUGAUGAAGCUCUCAGAGAUGCAAAUUGGCUGCCUGCUGAGCAGGACCAGAAGGAAAGGACGGGUGUCUCCAUUGGUGGGGGAGCUGGAAAUAUUACUGAUAUAGUGGAUGCUGCACAAAUGAUUUGUGAAAAGCGGCUUCGUCGGCUUAGUCCAUUUUUCAUCCCACGGAUCCUGGUCAACAUGGCAGCUGGGCAUGUGAGCAUGAAAUAUGGAUUUCAGGGACCAAACCAUGCUGCGGCGACAGCCUGUGCCACUGGGGCUCAUUCUAUUGGUGAUGCUGCAAGGAUGAUUCAAUUUGGAGAUUCAGAUGUUAUGGUGGCUGGAGGAACAGAAUCAAACAUUGAUGCUUUAUCAAUAGCAGGGUUUUGCAGGUCAAGGGCUUUGACUACAAAGUACAAUGCCACGCCAGAAGAAGCUUCACGACCUUUUGAUUGUGAACGCGACGGAUUUGUGAUAGGUGAAGGCUCUGGUGUAUUGGUGUUGGAGGAACUUGAACAUGCCAAAAGAAGAGGAGCAAAAAUAUAUGCAGAGCUUCGCGGCUAUGGGAUGUCAGGGGAUGCUUAUCACAUUACUCAGCCACAUGGUGAUGGGAUGGGUGCCAUUUUGGCCAUGAAACGUGCUUUAAAACAGUCUGGUCUUUAUCACAAUGAAGUGAAUUAUGUAAAUGCUCAUGCUACAUCUACACCGUUGGGUGAUGCAAUUGAAGCCAAUGCUAUCAAAUCCGUGUUCUCUGACCAUGCAACAUCAGGUGCAUUGGCUUUAUCCUCCACAAAGGGUGCUAUUGGUCAUCUUCUUGGAGCAGCUGGAGCUGUGGAAGCAAUUUUUGCUGUUUUAGCCAUACACCAAGGAAUUGCCCCAUUGACACUUAAUCUCAGUAAACCGGAUCCUAUUUUUAGUGACGGUUUCAUGCCUUUGAGCGCAACAAAGAAGAUGCCAAUAAGAGCAGCAUUAUCAAAUUCUUUUGGCUUUGGAGGAACAAAUGCAUCCCUGCUGUUUGCAGCUGCUCCUUAAAGCAGAUGGAUGGAUUGGCUGCUAAUAUCAUGGUGUGAAUUGUUUGCAUCAUAAUGCAGAUGCAGUCAGCAACCUUCAAUGGUUGCUUUCAGGGAAGGAGAAAUUGUUCCAUGAGAUGAUCCUACAGCAUAUUUUGUUGUGUUUUUUAUUUUUGGUUUCUCAUUUAUGUUGCAUAUUUAGGAUUUUAGAGCAUAGCCACAUUUGGGAUAAUUUUAUUUUGAUUGAUUGAAUGUUUUAUUAGCAGCGGCUGUCCAGAUUGGGUGGUAAAGAAUGCGGGUGGUUUUGCUUGUAACGUGGUGGUUCCAGCCUUCCAGAUUACUAACCCUAGGCAAGAUAAUGUAAUCUAUAGAGGGUGAUGUUUGCCCCAUAAGUUUUAAUCAAAUGAAUUUUUAAGUUAUUUGUUAAAAAGGAUUUUGUAAGACGUUAUGUAAUUUAUGAUCAUUGGCUUAAUACAUCUGCAGUUGGGCAA